AUGGGUUAUCUCUGGAAAAUCUCACGAUUCACCGUCAAAGUCGCUUUGGUUGCAGGUGCUGUGAAGUUAUCGAUCGACAACAACAUCUGGUCGUUGGAUACGGCAAGGGGUGCUGACUUAUAUGCCAAACUGAAGGAAUACAUUAUACCAGGAACCAUAGUUUAUCCCGAGAAGCUUCCUUCCGUGGAAGAAGUGACAACCGACGUUGAACGGUGUUGGAACAAAGGAGUUGACAAGGUGUUCAGUACCAUUCAAAAUGCACCAUCCAGCUUGAAUACGGUUGCUAAUCGAAUGAUCAACAACAAGUGA